UGCAACUGACAGUUGCUGGUGUUGACAAACGGACGGUGCGGCACGAACUGUCAAACACGCCUUUUUGACACCUCGCCCAAAUGAAAAGCAAGCAUUCUCUAUUUUUCUUCGCACGCAGCAAAACUACGAAAGUGAACCCGCGGAUUUCCCGUUGCGCUAGUCGUUCGGAACUCGUCACCUAUGCGGCCAGAAGAUCCGCACAUCCUUUAGUAUUUAAAGUAAAAAAAUGAGUGCAAAGACUGGUGAAGAAGCAAUAGCACAAACCAAAGCAGGCAACGACACGAUGAAGCCCACCGAUAAGCGAAGGGCGCACGGCGAUGAUGCUGAUGAUGGUGGUGGCACCGCGGAACAAUCCGACCGGUCCGGGUCUACGGCGCGCGAGGAUGCUGCUGCCAUUCACAUCUACGCGACGCUUGCCUUCAUCGUGAUCAUCAUCGUGAUCGGGGUACCGAUGUGGUGGAAAACGACGGAAGUUUACCGCGUUUCGCUACCGUACUCGGAAAUACGUGCGUUGAACGAGGAACCUAUUAGGGCCGCGUUCCGGUUGGGCUUGUACUGUCCGUCUGCCGAGCGGCGAGAAAUUCUGGCCUUUGAGUUGCGUAAAAAAUUUGAACAGAAUUUUGUUUUCGAGCUGGAUUUGGAACUGCUGUCCCUAGAUGCAGCAACCGUUGCGAGCAUUAAGACACCGGCUAGGUUGGAAGCGGAACUGCUGCAUCGGUAUCCCACCUCGGCCGGACAGUUUCUGUUCAUCGAAUGGCACAAGCUGGACGAUGACAUACUCGUCACUUCCGACCGGACGGCCUUUAUUUCGGAAAGUGCUUCAUCGCUGAAAGCGUACCAAGUGCUUUCGUCCUGGAUACUGCAGGAGUACAAACUGAAGGCCAUACUUGGUUCGCGCGAUGCGCAACAGACACUGAGGGGUCGCCAGUUACGUUUGAACUCUGCUCCGUUGCAAGGACAGUACGAGGUGCUCAUUACGGUGCUGAAUCCUCGACCGGACCUGCAAAAGGUGCACUGGAACGCACGGGCAGCAGCAGAAACUUACAUCGAACCGUUUCUGAACGAGCUUUCGGGCAUCACCAAUUUUACCAUCAAAACGCAAUGGAUCUAUCAGGUGGGCAUUGUCGAGGGUGCUAGCACACAGCCAAAGCAGGUACCGGACGACACGAAACUAGGCCGCCACUACGCACUGGCCGAGGAUAGCCUGCCCCACAUCAUCACCUCGCUGGAGAAGAAGCUUGGCACACAGAUCACCGAUCAUCCCUGCAUCCAUUUGGUCGUGUACGUGCCGCCGUGUGCUCAGGCACCGCUCAAAAUCUACCGCCGCGAUGGUCAACGGGCUCCACCGGCGUCCGGCGGUAGUGUGGAAGCGUUCACGUCCGCCAAGUGGGGUGGCAUCGUGUUUGCUAACCCGGCCGAGGCAACGUGUGUCCGGUACAUGGAAAGCGAACAGUUUAGCGAUGUGUACCUGCACGCACAGGACGUGAUGCCGGUGCUGUUGUACCAGUUGCGCAAAAUAUUCGAUCUCGAGAACAAUACACCCCUGCUGGGCGGAACGCUGGUACCGUACAGUACGAUUGAACCGCGCCUGUGGGAGGUGGAUACGUUCGUCCGGACCAACACCAUCUAUCUGGUGCAUUCGGCAACCACCACGCUCCAGUCACUGAUACAGCUGCUCGGCGGCAUCGAGUAUAUCGUGAUCAACGAUGAGGUAGGUGCGGCCAUUCAGAACGCAUACCAGAAGAUAGUGGAAGCGAAGCAGCAGCUCGCUGCGGGCAGUCUGCAACGGGCGGCCCUGCUGGCUAGAGAAGCUUACGCAUCGGCCGAACGAGCAUUCUUUGAUCCGAGCAUGCUGGCUUUGCUGUACUUCCCGAACGAGCAGAAGUACGCCAUCUAUAUUCCACUGUUUCUACCCAUCAUGAUUCCGGUGGUGUUUUCGUUUAAUACUAUUAUUAAGUAUUUCCGCGGCAAAAGCGGCCCGGCAAGCGCAAAGACAAAGGUAGAGUAAAUUGCCAUGGUCAUGCCAAGACGACACGUGUGAUGGCGUUCUCGUUUGAAUGAUUUUGAAGGAAAUUUUCUUCUGUUUUUUUUAGCAUGAUUUCAUUAGUUCAUUGUUGUUUUCCGGUGUUACUUCCCGAACGAGCAGAAGUACGCCAUCUAUAUUCCACUGUUUCUACCCAUCAUGAUUCCGGUGGUGUUUUCGUUCAAUACUAUUCUUAAAUACUUCCGCGGCAAAAGCGGCCUGGUAAGCGCAAAGACAAAGGUAGAGUAAAUUGCCAUGGUCAUGC